AUGGCCAAUACACUGUCGAAAUGCUUGCUGGGAUACCUGUCAUGGCGGCGUCCUGUGAAGGGUUGAAAUGGAUGUUUGAUAUCGCUGAACGUGUAAUGCAAAUGGGAUUGAAAACCACAUUAACAAUGUGGUGAAACGGGGUAGCCUAAAUCACAAGCACUGAAAUGAAUCGGGCGACCUCCCUGAUAAGGAGGGUGAGACUGAUAACCCAUACCGACCCUACACUGGUUGCAAACUACCUCCCUUUCCCUAUCUUUGCUCCAGCUUGGACCCCUGCACCUCCACUGACCUGCCACCAUGCCAGAUUCCUUGCUACUAAGCAGGGUAAAGGCCAUAGUAAAGUUCAGAAAGUCAAACCGAAGCAGGACAAACAGGAAGUAGAAAUAAAGCAGAAGAUGACAGUGUCUGCACUGGCUCAAGCUAUGAACAAAGACUUUGAUCAUGUCUUUGAGGCUCUGCUCAACACCUCAGUGGACCUGGAUUCCCUAGAGCCCCACUCUGUUCUGGAGGAGCAGUGGAUCAAGGAGGUUGUGAAGAGGUCUGGGAUGAAGUUCAAGUGGGCCAAGCUGGUGGAGUCCAAAGAGCGUGAGAACAAAGACACUCAGAGAAGAGAUCCACCAGAUCCGGCCGUCCUGGUGUCUCGUCCUCCUGUCGUCACCAUAAUGGGCCACGUAGAUCACGGAAAGACCACUCUGUUGGACAGCCUUAGGAAGAGCCAGGUGGCUGCGGGGGAAGCAGGGGGCAUCACCCAGCACAUUGGGGCCUUCCUGGUUCAACUUCCUUCGGGGGAAAAGAUCACCUUCUUGGACACCCCAGGGCACGCAGCCUUCUCCGCCAUGAGGGCCCGUGGAGCUUUGGCCACAGACAUUGUCAUCCUGGUUGUUGCUGCAGAUGACGGAGUCAUGAAGCAGACGAUUGAAUCCAUCCUACAUGCCAAAAAAGCCCAAGUGCCAAUCAUUGUGGCAGUGAACAAGUGUGACAAGCAUCAAGCUGACCCAGCGCGUGUGAAGCAGGAACUACUAUCCCAUGAUGUGGUAUGCGAGGAGUAUGGAGGAGAAGUUCAGGCUAUCCACGUUUCUGCCCUGAAGGGGGACAAUCUGCUGGAGCUGGCAGAGGCCACGGUGACCCUGGCGGAGGUGAUGGAGCUGAAGGGUGACCCGACAGGCCUAGUGGAGGGCACCAUUAUCGAGAGCCGCUCGGAUAAGGGCAAGGGGCCAGUUACGACAGCAAUUGUCCAGCGAGGCACGUUAAAAAAGGGCUGCACUUUGGUUGCGGGGAAGACAUGGGCCAAGGUGCGCUUCUUGUUUGACGAGAACAACUGCACAGUGAAGGAAGCUGGGCCGAGCACUGCUGUGGAGAUAGUGGGGUGGAAGGAGCUCCCCUCUGCCGGCGAGGAGAUCCUGGAAGUAGAGUCUGAGAAAAGAGCAAGGGAGGUGGUGGACUGGCGGUGCUACCAGGAGGAACAGGACAAACUGAAGGAGGACAUGCAAGCCAUUGAGGUAAAGCAACGGGAGCACCAUGAGAGCUAUAAGAAGGAGCGAGAGCCCCUGGCCCACCUCAGCUGGAGGCAAAGGAAGUCUGCUCUGUACAAGGCCAACAAAAAGCUCAUGGCCAUGCGGCCCAGCGAGAAGUUGGAGUCCCAAGAGCUCUCCCUACCACUCAUUGUCAAAGGUGAUGUGGAUGGCUCUGUCGAGGCUAUCCUGAACAUCUUGGAGAGCUACGAUGCGCAUCACCAGUGCCAGAUGGAGGUGGUCCACUUUGGCAUCGGAGAUGUUUCCGAGAACGAUCUCAACCUGGCCGAGACCUUCUCAGGCACCAUAUACGGCUUCAAUGUGGGUGUCAAUAAGUCCAUUCAGCAGAUGGCCACUAAGAAAGGCAUCAUGCUAAAGAUGCACAAAGUUAUCUACAAACUCAUCGACGACCUAAAGGACGAGCUGAGCAGUAAACUCCCUCCGUCUGUGAAGGAGAAUGUGAUCGGGGAGGCAUCUGUCCUGGCCAUGUUUGACGUGACUGUUGGGAAGAAGAAAGUGCCUGUCGCCGGCUGUAGAGUUCAGAAGGGUCAGCUAGAUAGAAAGAUGAAGUUCCGACUGGUCCGAGACCGAGACGUCAUCUGGGAGGGCUCCUUGACAGCACUGAAGCACCACAAAGAUGAUGUCCAGAUGGUGAAGACUGGGAUGGAGUGUGGCCUCUCUGUGGAUCAGGACAUCGAGUUUAGACCUGGAGAUGAAGUAGUGUGCUACGAAGAGACUGAGACGAGGCAAACAAUUUCCUGGGAUCCAGGAUUUUAGGACAUGCUAUGGAUAUUGGCCUCAUCAGGUGAAAAAUCCAUGAUCUGAAUUGAUGGAGUAUUAUUUAUGCUAGAGACGGUUGAGCAUUCCAAGACUUCGCAUUUACAUGUAAAAUUGUGAAUGUCAUGACUAAUUGAAUUUGAGGUGUUGUACUGACUGCUCUGCUUGAUGUAAUAAAAUUGUUUCUAGUAAGAUUUUAUUUUUUUCAAGUGAUAUGAGCAUUCAGUACUUGUAUCUGUACCAGCUGUGACUUUAUUUGUGUUCUACAAUUGGACAGAUUUUCUUUGCUUUGGGCUCACUGAUUUUGAGUUAAUAUUCUAUAAGAGGAACAGGAGCUCAAGCAGUGGAAAAUUAGGUGCUGGUACUCAGCUCCAGUGAGCUCCUGCUCAAGUCAGGCACUGCAUAUACAGCACAUAAUUUUCCAAGAGACGAAGUGUAAAUACGUAUUACAAUUUAAAAAAUAAUGUGCAUAUCGUUUAAGGUAAUAAAUAUGCUGUUAUGUUGAAAAGUUAUGCACACACUACAUGUAGAAGGGCCUAACUCCACUCACAUCUCUCAGCUGUCUGUGCAUUGCCCUGAUAACUUUAGUUUCUGGCCAUUUUUUUUAGCUUCUUUAAAAAAUACACAACUGUAGUGUCCAAAUGGGCCAGCAUCCCUGUGGAACGCUCUACUUUGUAGAGUCUAUGCCCUGUUGAAUGCCCUGUUUCGCCCUUGUAAAAAAAAUAUUUAAAAAACGCAGCUCGUGAAACGCACACUAGGCACUCUGAUUAGACCAGCAAGCUGUCAAUCAACACAGGUCGGGUGAGCUAGCGAAGAGAUUGCCGAUUUGCUGUACAGCUAUAGGAUCGGGUGCAGCGCAAACUUCAAAUUGUAGGAAGAGGGGAUUGCCAUAAAUAAAUAUGCAGCUCCAGAAAUUGGUCCCGGCGGGAGCGCAGGACACUGCUAGUUUAGCCAGCUAGUCCUAAGGAGGACUCCGUGUCCGUCGCUCCCGCCUGUCAGGAACGGAUUUCUCCUGAACACAGCAGGCAGGAGCGACACUGUGUGCUAGCUAGUUAGUUUGCUAGCACAAAGUGUUGCCCCAGCCUCCCACCUGCUGUGCUAGCAUAAGGAGGGGAUGACCCAUAGACUGUGUUCUUCGCCCCCCUGUCUGUUGGGCACUGUUUUCCCACAUUUCUGUUAACGACGGUGAGGGCAGGUGGGAGCGAAGGACACUGUCUACCUGUAUCGCUCCUGCUAGCUAGCAAGAAUGACUGGUAGGUGGGGACGAAACAAUUCAGAUAAUACUUUUAUUGCCCGUUUCACCCACAUUCAAAAGCGUCACACAAGCAUGAUCCAAAGAUUAGGCAGAGACUCAUUUAAAGGAUAAUAGUUGGGCCAAAUUGAACCUCAAAAUGUCAUGGAUGAGGAGGACAAGAGAUCUCUUACCAUUAAAGGCCUGGCUGGAAAACAGACAGUCCCUCAGAGAUUUUUUAAUAAGGACUCUUACCUUAGUUGUGGCCGGAGGGAUGUCUGGGUCUUAGCCGAGUGAAAAGGGUCAAGAAGUAAGGUUGCUCUCAUCUGGGUCACGGCACCAAAUGUUGUUCACACUCAUAUUCGUCACGUGAAGGCUGAGCUUCUUCAACUUACUAAGAUAUUGCAUAAUUAGAAUGCUAUCUGAAAGCUGCUAAUAAAUUACCAUUCACCAUACUGUCAACACUCAUUAAAUGUGACCUCAACUGA